AUGAACGCCUCUCCGGCCACAACCUCCACCUCGACCGCACUUUCGGCCAUCAUCCGGAACAAGCGCUUCCUGGGUAUACUGGUGUUCAUCCUCGUGUGCGGUACAUGGACGCUCGUGCACCCCUCUACACGCACCGCUUUCAUCGGACCUUUAUUGCCCAGUCGUUUGGAUCGCACCAACACCAACACCCACCAUCUCUCCUCCACCUGGCCCUCCGAAACAGAUCCCCUCAACCAAAACGGUGAUAGCAGUUCCACAAGCUCCGAUCGAUACGCCCUCGCCGCCGCGGACCGAGUGACCAAGUUGUUCAGUUCCAAGUCCGAGGCUCAGAUCGAGGUCGAGUGGGAGAGGUUGGGGACGAGCUACAAGGCCGUGAGGGAUGAGGUACCGGAUGUGACGAGGUUGGAUUUACAUGCCGAUCGGUUCAAGAUCGUGGUGGUGAGUUUGUAAACUUUUUUUGAGCAAGAGGAUAGCCGGGAAAGCCAGGGGGGAGGGGGGGGGGGGGGCUUCAAGGGGGGAGGGAAUUUUUUGGCGCUGUCGGAGCUCAGGGGAGUACUAGUCGAGCCCAUCCCAAUUGACGACCCCGUCUCCUCAUUUUAGCAACUGGACCAAUUCGACCGAGCCAUCGACGGUAGCCGGCUCAACGCAACCAUGCGCGAAACGUACCACAAAACGACGCGCCACUUUCGCGACGACCUCUUCAGGUCACUGUACCCGUACAUCUCGCGCAACGACAACCACCAACGCACGUUCGACGAUCUGUUGAUGCGGUAUUCGAGGACGGCGGGUAUCGUGAUCCCUUGUGGGAAUGAUCAGUUCCAGGUGGGUGACGACGACAAUGAAGAUUGAGGGAGAUGUACUCUGCUUUAGACGGAGACUCAUUCCGUCCUUCUUACCCUUCACCAGUGGGCCGUGCACCUCAUCGCGACCCUCAAAAAUGUACACAAGACCAAGUUACCCAUCCUCGUCGCCCAUUCAGGUCAGGGCGAUCUCACCGUCGAGAAACGAGCCGCGUUACGCUCGCUCUCCCCCGACGUCGAGACCGUGGACCUGUUGCACAUCUUUGACGAGAAGCACGUCGGAUUGGAGAAUUCGGGAUGGGCGAUCAAACCUUUUGCCAUCCUCGCUUCCCCCUUCAAAGAAACGAUCAUCUGCGACGCCGAUGCCAUCUUCUUGCAAGACCCGGCAAUCCUCCUGACCGAUCCGGGGUAUGAACAAACCGGAACCCUGUUCUUCCGCGAUCGUGAGAUUUUUCCCGGGGAUGGGAACGUGCACGCGUGGUUCAAGGAGUUGAUGAAGGGGAGGAAACCGAGCAAGAUGUUACAGAAAUCUCGAUGGUGGUUGGACGAGGCCUCUAGGGAGGAGAUGGAGAGUGGGGUGGUCGUGGUUAAUAAAGGACGGAGAGAUGUGGCACUGGGGAUGGUGUUUGUGGGCUUUUUGAAUACAAGGGAUGUGAGGGACGCGGUGAUGUACAGGCAAACGUAUGGGGAUAAAGAGUCGUAUUGGUGCGUUGACUUGGAGAGGGUUGUUUGUGAUGGUGCCGCUGCGCAGAAUGGGUGGCUGAUAUUGCUCUUUACACAAUCGUACAGGAUGGGGUACGAAUUGGGAGGCGUGCCAUGUCAGUUCCGAUGCGGCGGUUGGAUCUUGUUGUGGACCCGACGCUGAGCAUUAGGUCUCUUCCAACUUAACACUUUCAGACUACUUUGAUCCUCCGUACGCCGGUAUUGCAGGUCGGGUGACCCAUCCCAACGCCAAAGGGCACACGGUGGAUUCCCGAAUUUGCUCGGAGCAUCAUCUUCACCUCGACUAUAGUGCGUCAUAUACCUUUGAGGAAUUCCCUUCGUUCCAUGGUGAAAGCUGACUUAUCCUUUCGAACGUGUUUUUUAAACAGAGGGUCGUCCCCUCUGGUGGAACGGCUCCCUGUACGAAGACAAACGCCACCGCGAAAAAGGGUGGUUCCUCGCGCUCCACUACACGCACGGAACAGUCGACUGGGAUUGUGAACCGGAACCUUGGUGCAUGAAAGGAAUUCGGGAGGAGGACGUCAAGAGGUUCUCCGAGGUGAAACUGGAGGAUGGCACGGGCUUUGAUAGGGUUCUGAGUGACAUGAUUGGCGCGGCGUUGAUGGCCGAGUUGAAGUUCCCCAAGUGA